AUGCAGCGGUGCAAGGAGCUGGACCAGCUCCGCGACUCGAUCCAUGCACUUCUGAAAGGCGAAGGUGACAACAAUCAAGGAGAGCUGAGCUCGUUGCACGCUGGCACUUCUGUGUGUGCAGCGGUCGAGGCGUGUUUGUCGCAUGGCCUGAAGCGCGUCUCCGCAACGGAGACUGUCAGUUUAUGGGGACUGCUGCAAUGGACAAACGUAUCGCAGCUGGAGCGCCAUCGCGCGUGGAAGCUUCGCCAGGAGAAACUAGAAGCGAAGGAGCAGUCCAAAGACUGGUACCUCAACAUGUUCAAGGAAGAGCUCCAGCAAAUCUCGACACUCACAGUUCACACCGACAACCCAGUGGCAAACGACGCGGAUGUGAACCCACUCACCCCCGGGUUCCACGCAUCCAUUCGCAUUGUGAAUUCGCUCUUGCAUGUGUCAACCCCCCACGGCCGUGUUCGAGCUUGGAUUCGCCACUGCUGCAAUACGCAUCUCCUCAGCUCGUGCCUGGCGGCUGUAAUGCACCCACAGAACCAAGCAGCAUUGCGAACGUACUUUACGCCUGGCGCGCUGUGUUGCGAUGCCGACAUGCGGGAGGUACUAGUUGGGCUCACAUCGACGUUGGACCGCCUCCAGUUUGGAUUUUGCAUCGAUAGCCCCGACUGGGAUCGUGGCAAUGCGAGUGAAAUUCCCGUCGGCCCGCUUCCACAACAAUCGCAGACACCGCCAAAGCCUUGCUUCAUCACGAAUGCCCAUCCAUCACCAUCUCUCGACGCCACGGCGGAUAGUGGUCUGUUCUCCGAGGCGACUUGCCCUUCCGACGCGACCAAUCUUCUCCAUGAUGUGCUCGACACAACCACGCAAGCCCUCCACCAACUCCUUCGUGACACCCCUCCAGCUAUCCUGACCGCUCGCACGGACGAAGUAGGUGGACCAGCCGCGAUGACCAUUUUCGGGGUGCCGUUGGCCGCGUUGGUGUCGUCCCCGGCAACGUGUGACGUGGCGCUCUUGGAUUGCAUGAUGGGUGUGCCCAACCUGGUGGAAGGGUGCUGCCGCCUCAUUGACGCCGCCGCCACGACUUGUACUCCAGCGCUGUUUGCGUCGAAAGUGCAUAAAGCACGAUUUGCGCAACUGAUUGCCCAAGUCGAGCGGACGGGAACACUGAGCGUGUGGACGAAUGUCCACCACAGCAUUGUUAUCUUGAUCAAGUGGUUGCGCGACCUCCCCGAGCCUCUCAUUCCGCCGCACCUGCACGCCCAUUGCAUGGCGGUCGUGGAUAUGCCAGGCGACGCGCUUCCAAUCAUGGAACUCCGCAACGUUGUGCACCAGCUGCACUGGAGCGCCAAGCCAACGCUGCUGCGGCUCUGUGCAACACUGACUCGAGUCGUACAAUCGAAAGCGGGUACGACGGUGGAAGGACUGAGUGGCAUUUUCGGCCGCAUCCUCUUUGAACCGACAACGUGUUUCACGGCGCUAUCGGCGCAAGCCAAGGUCGUGCAGCUCUUGCUCACGCAUUCGACUCAAGUACUGGAACCGAUAUCACGCGAGGUUGUGGCUCGGCGGCAGGCAUUAACGAGAAAGCUGCGAGCGAUUCAAGCGAUUUCACAUGACUUGCACGAGCCGCUCGCUCCGAUUACCACGCACGCGGCGUUGUGGGCGUCGCUCCAGCGAUCGUACCCUGCCGUGACCUCACCCGACCACUUGCGCGGCGGAGGCGUUCUCGCUGCCGCAUGCCUCGUCUACUUUGCCGAUGAACACGCAGAGCUCGCGACGCAGCUGAUUGCACAACGUGUGCUGGGCCAUCGAAAGCAGUACCCGCUUCCUGUCGCCAGUGUCCACAUUGUUCGGAUGCUCGUGUCGCUGCUGCACUUGACCGACGCCACGACGUCCGCGGACGUGUCGCCGGUGGUCGAUUUUGACGUGGACGCGUGGUUCGCCCGAUGUGAUGGCAAUGACGUCGACGGUGGUGGCAGCCCGAUCGCCAUUCCAUCCGCCCUCGCACUCGUGCAGCAAGGUUUAUGGCGCUUGUUUGACGAUCAUGACGCAUUCUACCGGCUCUUCGGGUGGAGCCUUCUUGUCUUUGAUCGAAAUUACACGCGGUCGGGGGCCACGUGCAUGGAUUUCAGCACCAUCUUGGCCGAGACCCAACUGCAAGUGACUGCCCACUUGCAGCAGCACCCGGCAUCGAUUCCACAUCUGUACCAACUCUGGGCCGACUCGCUCGAGUCCCAGGCGGUGGCGGCCCCCAAAGCGAGUGCGCACAUGCGAACGUAUGUGGUGGUGUGGGAAGGCGGCGUCACUGUUCGAGGGUAUCCGUCCAAGCAAGCCGACGUGAUCGCGACGCGGGACGAGGGGGAUGUGGUGGACACGGUGCUCCAGGCAGGCAACUGGCUCAAGCUGAGGGACCUCCCCGGCGGUCAAGGGGGCGGCUGGGUCUUGAGCAAGACCGACCGCACCACGCUGCUGCAGUUGGUCGACCCCACUCAAGCGGUGUGA